AUGUCCGAGCUGGGCAUGACUGAGGUGUACGGCGGGCUCCGGCCAGGCGUGAACGUGGACAUCCGGCGCACCGACGGCAGGGUACAUCCGGCCGUCGUGACGGCCGUACACUCCCGCCUCGUCAACGUCGAGUGGUUUGAGAACGGCCAGACCAAGGGCAAGGAUGUGGACAGGGUCGCCCUGGUGGGCCUCAACCCGGAGCUCAUUAUGUCACCACCGCCCGGGCAGCUGCCCCCGCCGCCACCGCCGCAGCGGCCCGAGGAACAGAAGCCGUCGGGCAACAAAAGGAAAUCCACGGUGCCGCUGAUUGACGCCGAGUGGCCACAUCGUCGAGAAACAAGAGACACGACGUCGUCCCUGCCUUGCUCCAUGGCCCACGCGGGAACCGCUGCGGUUACCGAGGAAGACGCGCUGCGCGAACGCAACAUCACGGCCGCCAUCAGCUGCAACGAGGUGGACCUUUGCCACAAACUGAGCCGGGAACUCGAACAAGCUGCCAGGAUGAACCUCGCGGGAACCGAGAACAAAUUCCCCAUGGUCACGACUCCCGAUUUCCUGAACCAGCAACAAGAGGCUGAGGCCCUCGCGCAGCUACUGCGAAGGUACCGCGCCGUGGUGGACGUGAGUGACCUCUGGAUGACGACGGACGUGAGGCUGCUCACCCGGCUGCUGAGCACCCGGGCGCUCGAGGACGACACCUGGCUGCGAGAACUCGAGGACCUGGUGCUCGUCAAGAUGGAGCUCCUGGCCGGUCUCCGGGACUCCGUCGCCAGGCUCAGGAAGAUCAGGUCCCUUACCGGGACCGUGGCGGCCAGGACCGUGGACGUCGAUUGCCUGCGAAAGCGUUGA